AUGAGCGACAAAUACGAUCCCCCUCCAGGUCCGCCACCCAACUUUCGAACGCAGUCACAAUCCGCCGUAGACAGACCUGGACAGUCUUCGCAACAGGAACAGUCUCGACAACCACAGCGAACCUCAUGGACCAUUGGAGGCGGACCCAGUAAUCGUGGUCGCGAGGCCGCUCCUACCAACCCCUUUCGAGGAGGCAAUUCAGGCGCAUCUCACGAGGCACGUCCAUCGAGUAUCAACGUGCCCAUUACACAGACCUUCCAAAAGGUCCAUGGCUCGCACCAAUCGCCACAGACGGCGCCGCCUCAGAUGGGAAGCGACGUUGAGAUGAGUGAAGAUGAAAUCCUACCACCUCCAGGGCCUCCUCCCAAGAGCAUGAACUAUGAGCCACCCCCAGGUCCUCCUCCGGGACAUCCUUCUGAAGCGCCGCCGCCCGAAUAUGACCCGUGGCUGGGUCCCGAUGACAGCUUGCGGCCGCCUCCUGCGUUCUCGAACGUACGCCCUCAGAAUGAGAAGAGCCCAACAGCGAAUGCCGACUACGACGAUGCCGCCAGAGCGCACGCUUGGUGUCGUGAGAACCGACUUUGGAAUGCAACCGAACACCCUCCCGGCGUCAUCGAGCGGAUACGGGUUGGUGAUCUUCGAUUGACCGUGCCGCCAAACACCACCGAUGUCACACAGUACCAACCAGGACUGGGGAGAAGCUACGUCCGAACAUCGUCCGCAAUUGGUGAUACUAUAAUGCUGUCGGACGUCCCAGUAUAUGCAUCUUACACUGAAAGCCCCCUCGCCACCGGUCAGCCUCACACCGUGUACUUCGAACUUCAGGUCCUGUCCAUGGGUGAACGCUACAAUCAGAAUAAGCAGGUCGAGUCUGGCAUUGCAAUAGGCUUCGUGGCGCCUCCUUAUCCUGCGUGGCGACUUCCAGGAUGGCAUCGUGGCUCGUUAGGCGUCCACGGUGAUGACGGCAGAAGGUAUGUUGACAACAGCUACGGCGGGAAAGACUUCACGUCAGCGUUCAAGAAAGGCGAUGUGGUCGGCAUCGGCAUGACAUUCGGCACGCCGGUCAACGGUGGCAGAGUCAAUAUUCCCUGCCAGGUCUUCUUCACCCGCAACGGCAAGCAGGAGGGUAGCUGGGAUCUUCACGAAGAGAGAGAUAUGGACGCCGACGAAGGAGACGUUGCUGGCCUUGCGGGCGAGUAUGACCUGUUGGCGGCGGUGGGCGUGUUUGGUAGCGUGGAACUCGAGUCUGUUUUCAGCAGGGAGGAUUGGCUGUUCAAGCCAUAA